GAGGAACAGGAAGAGAGAAAGAGAAGACUGACAGACAGUUUUGGAGAAAGCUUGACAUGCUUGUGAAGCUAGGCAUAGCGGGUUGUUUUCACAAAAUAUUUAGUCAACCAAGUUAAGAAUGCUGUUCCUACUCAACGCUGGUAAUAGAAGAUGAGAUUGAUCAAAUACUAGAUUGAAGGAAGAAAAAGUUGUCGCUUUCAUCAAAAUUAGAUUAAACCCAGUGGGAACUUCCCAGUGGAAGUGGAUGUUACCAUGGAAUGCUCAAAACGUGAAGUUUCAGUGUUUGAAGAGCAACACUUGGAGCCUCUUAUUAUCGUUGAAGAGGGGGACAUUACUGAGAACACAGUCGUUAGAGGACCAGAGACCAUGACUGAAAAAAGUUGUGAUGAUGAAGAUAGUAUACAGGAGGCUGGACAAAUAGAAAAACUCAGCAGUAAAAGUGAAGAGGAUGGAAACCCUGGAAGAUACCCAUGUCAGGUUAAACAAGAGUACAACAUAGAAGAAACAAAUAGAUAUUCAAUAAAAAACAAAGAAGAAAACACAUCUCCAGGUUCUGACAAAGUAGAGGAACCAGGUGGUGGAAGAACAGAAGAAAAUGAGAACAACCAAAAGAUUAUUAAAAAAGAAACAGAUGGAGAGACAACAGGUAGAGAUCACAAGAGACAGAGUCAGGUAGGAUUCAGGACUGAAGAAAUAAAAGCCAAAAAUACUGAAGAAGACCCCAAGUUGCACAUCGAAACGUCAACACAGGCUCUACAAGUGGAUACAAACAAACUUUCACCCUCUGACCAGCCACUGAAUGAGAUGUUCAGCACGGUAGACACUCAAAAGCAGGCUCGACGAUUAACCCCUGAUUUCCCAGACACACUUUAUGAGCUGCUGUGCACAUUGCAAGAAGGAAGACGUCUGAAUGACCAGCGCUGCUCUUUCAACAUGGAGAUAGGGGGGAGGAGGCGGAGGUGCCACUCUGAACCCAGUGUCACCAUGCCAACCAACAGAGUGAUUUUUUCCUCCAUGACUUCACUGCAGAAAGAGGAGUUCUUUGAGUUUGUUGCUACAUCACAGGCACGUCGACUGGACGACCAGCGGGCAGAAUUAUUAAAAACCCCACCUCCUAAACCCAAAGCCAACAGGAUACGGGGCAGUAUAAAACUCUCCAUAGUGAGAAAACCUCCCCCAAUAGCAGUACCCAAGGAGGACUUGUACAAUAUGAUUCUCAGCUCACAAGCGCAGGGCAGACUGGAGGAGCAGCGAAGUGCCGCUCCAGGGCCCAUGGAUGACGAGGACUUCUUCUCUUUACUGCUGAGGGUUCAGGGGGGACGCAUGGAGGAGCAGAGGACUGAGCUUUCCACAGCUGUCAGUACCUGAGAGCGCACCAGAAAGUGGAUGGGAAACAAAUAAUGCAAUUUAUUCCCUAUGCUGCCGCAGCUUUGAUCUGUCAAAAACAUUUCUGGAUAUGUGUUUUGAGUCUGUGUUGAGUGUUGUAUGACAUAAUGCCGCAAUAGUGUAGUCAUAAUUUAGGCCUGUGUCAGAAUGUGAAUAAUAUGGGCAAUUUCUACUGCAGUUUUCCUGACCAAUUCCUAAUUCCUAAUUCCUGCUUCUUUGAAGAUGUCUUGUGGAAUCACCUAUUAAUAGACAUUUACUUAUAUCUACAGUCUUUUUGCCUUAGAUAUAUUGUUCCCAACUUUUUUUUGGUUACAAUCGUAUAGGUGUAAAUAACAAAUAAGCAAUGCAAUCCUUUUGGCCCAAGAGCUCUGAAAGAAUGUUUUAACAGGAUUGGACAGUGUUUCCAUAUUGUUGGACAAUGCUCCUCAGGAAAAUAAACAAGAUGGUGAAGGUCACAAUCA